CAAAAAAAAUUCUACGUUUACGUAUAAAAUAUGCGUUCGUCGUUAAUUUCGCCAUCAGUUUACUCAGAGAUAUUGCCGAGAGUGAUUGUAUAUGAUAUCAAAGUGCUAAAAAUUUCAAUUUUUUCGAAUUAUUAUCUCACAUAAAAACUCAUACUUUAGAAACAAAGGAAUUGCAAUUGGAACUAAGUUUAAUAAACGGAUCUUAAAAUAAUUUUCCAAAGUGGAUUUCACUCAUAAAGUGCAAGAAAAAUUCGUGUUUGAACAUUUUGUGCAAAGAAUAGGAAGUGAAAGAGCGCUGUGUAAAAGGGAGAGGUGAAAAUCGGUAACGAAAUGCAUUGCGUGAAAAAUCGAUAAAAAUAGAAGUUCUGUUCACGUACUUUUCCAAUAAGAAUUAGCCGUCAAUUUAGCUCAUUUUUUGUUAAGCAUCUGGUCACACUGACUACCGUACAAGCAGGAACAACAAAGUAACGUAUUGUCCAGCAGACCACAACAACGAGCUUAUACUGGGUGAAGGAAUCUGGAAAUAAAAAUUAAACAAAAGCAAACAUACUACUUAUAGAUUCAUACAAAAGCAAGCAUAUAUCUGGAAAUAUAGUGCCACUACACUUGAAGAACUUCAGUUAAAUAAGCGCGCUCAAAGCGUGUCAGAGCAAAGGUAGACAUUUUUAAAAGAGAAUUGCGUGAGGAAAAAAAGAAGCAAAAAACAGCUGAUCAGUGCAAAGCCAAAAGGGAGAAGGAGGAGAAACGCUUCUCCACGGAGCGACCGGCAGCAGAGAACGCAAAGUGUAUCGAAAGAGCAAAAAGUUGCAGCUGUUCAAUCAGCCGUAAAAAUAAACGAAAGCGCAAAACGUCAAGGAAAGAAAAAGUGUUAAAUUUGAAAAAUAAAUAAACAAAGGUAAAAUCAAAAUCAGUGGAUGUAAGAAACAGGAAAAUCUUAAAGAUUAUAAAAAAAGUUAAUAAAACCAAAAUAAUAAAAUAAAUGUAAUAAAUGUUAACAUUAAAAUAAAUGUGCGAGAAAAAGUGCCAAAUACACACAGAAAAAUAACUUGAAGAGACAUUCCACUGUCUUUGGGUCUUACAGAUAAGUGGAUCAAUAGUUAUAAGAAAUAGUAUUAUAAAUACUGCAAAUUGUUGUUCAGAACAACUAAAAAGGGGGAAAAAUAUUAAUAGCCACCAAAUUAACAAUACUAAGUACCUAAAUUUCUAAUAAUUCACAAGGCCUACAAAGUAGUAUGGGCACAGAAACAAAAUUCAAUUGCUACAAGGAGAACACCACAGCAACGACUGGCAGUGUUUUACAUCCGAAAGUAGCGCUCAAUGGUAGGUCGUCGGCAACAGCAAUAGGAGCCGGUGUUGGUGUUGGUAUUGUUGGCGCUAGCGGUGUUGAUCAAAAGUUGCAUACCUCAAAUGGCGCUUUGAACGGUGCAUUGAACUGUAAGCAACAGCAAAACGCUAGUUCGAACGGCACCAACGGCAGUGAGGCAAUUGUGACUCCAGUUUUUGUACCCAUUCACAUUGGCGAGGACGUUAUCAGCGGUGCCAAAGAGAUACUCAAAGUUAUACGACCACACUGGAAACUCAGUCAUGUGCAAUUUAAGAAAUUCACUGACGGUAUCACAAACAAGCUUAUCGGCUGCUUCUACAAUCCUCCACUCCCCACAACAACCCACAACAAUGGCAAUGACAUUGAAAAUGGCAGCUCAAAUGACAACAACAAUCCCAUCUCGACGUCCACGGCAUCAGCGUCUUUGGUCGACGACAACAACGACUCGGGCAAUAGCGAUACGGACACAGUGGAUUCAGAGGUGACCACAUCGAGUACGUGUGAAUCGGGUACCCAUAAUACCAACAAAAUCAACACAAAAGCUAAAAGCUUCAACAACAGCCCGAGCACUGAAAGCAACGUGGCAUUGGUACGUGUCUAUGGUAACAAAACGGACCUGCUGAUCGAUCGUAAAGCCGAGACACGCAACAUACUGUUGUUGCACACGUACGGUUUCGCACCUACACUAUUUGCAACAUUCAAGAAUGGACUAGUUUACGAUUUUAUACCUGGUGUAACGCUGAAGCCGACGAGUGUAUUGGAACCAAAUAUUUGGCGUUUGGUGGCAACUCGCAUAGCCGAAAUGCAUCGUCGUAUAACAAUCAAAGAAAUGCCAGCUGAUAUCAGUGGGGAUGGUGGUGCUGAUGGUGCUGGUGCUGAUAAGCCGCUCGUGCCAAUGUUAUGGUCUAAGGUGCAGAGUUUCUUUGAUUUGGUACCUGAUUGUUUCAGUGAUGCUGAAAAACACAAAAGAGUUGAGGAAACUUUCUUGCCCAUAAAACGUUUACGCGAUGAGUUCAACGCGCUAUACAGGCAUCUCGAACGCCUGAACAGCCCAGUGGUAUUCUCCCACAACGAUCUGUUGCUGGGCAAUAUUGUCUACUUGGAAUCGAAGCAGUGUGUAAAUUUCAUUGACUAUGAGUAUGCCGAUUACAACUUUCAGGCAUUCGAUAUUGGAAAUCAUUUCUGUGAAUUCGCCGGUGUUGACGAAGUGGACUUCUCACGCUAUCCGAAGCGUGAAUUUCAGCUUGACUGGCUGCGCGUCUACCUGCAGGAAUAUCUGCAACAUUCACACAUCACCGACGCCGAAGUGGAACGCCUGUACUUGCAGGUGAACCAUUUCGCGUUGGCCGCGCACAUGCUUUGGACCGUUUGGUCGCUCAUACAGGCAGAGCAUUCCACUAUUGAUUUUGACUAUGUCGAUUAUGCUCACGUACGCUACGAGGAGUACCAAAAACGUAAAUCCAUAUUGGCAUUAGACUUCACCCGAGUAGAAGACACCGCUGCAGAGACGAGUUAAGACCAGCACAGCAGCGCCUCAUACCGCACCACGCUCAUUUCGAUAUGUCCAGUAACAAAAAAAAAAAGCAUACGUCUUUAACUCACCCGCCUGACUGGCUGCGAUGUCAGUGAUGUGUGCCCGAAAUGCAAUACAAUCUUUAAGUCAAAACCUGCGCCGCAAAAUAAAGAAACGGCUAAUUGGACUACAUACAGGUGUUGGGCUCCAUCGAAUACAAACAUACACAGAAACAUAUAAAGGGGAAAAAUUACACUAGUAAUUUGAAGUGAGCGCUUCUUGAAUGUGUUAGUGAAAGAAGUGUGAAUACGUAAACGACAUUAAAAAAUGAAUUUUUAAUUUUGCAAAUAGCAUUCCGAAAGCAUUAAUUAUUUAAAUCACGAUUUUUAUGUAAUAUACUUAAAUUGUAUUUAUAAAGUAUGUUAAAAAAUAUUCAAAAAAGAAGAACCAAAAAAAGGAAACUGCAAAUGAUGAUGAAAAUGUUGAUAAUGUAUUGUGAUUUGUUUUAAAUAUACUUUUUUUAAUUUAGGAAACCAUUAUUUCUAUUUUUAACCCCAAUUUCCUUAUUUUACUGCAGUUCUUAAUGAAGCUGCUGAAUAAAAAUUCUUAUUCUCUAACCUUAUUUUCUUCCUUAAGGGGCAGGUGUGUGAUAAUAGGGUGUAGAUUUUAAUUACAUGCAUAAAAUAAAUACUUUUAGUCCUUAUUUUCUAGCAUUUCACAAAAAUUACAAUUAAUUUCACGUAUUUGUGCCGCAAGGGGUGGCUCUCAUAAUUGCACGAAAGUGGAUGCUGUUAUUGAGUAUUCGUUAAA